UUGAGAAGAUGAGACUUCGGUCUCGAAGUAUUGCUCACCCUUCAUCAGCACGGGUUAACGGUCGGCGGACCUCAAAGAGAGCGGCGCGAAACAUAACUCAAAAGGAUGAAGAGGUACAACAGCCAGACGACCAGUCACUCUACUCUGAUGAUAUCCCCACUGCUACAAAGCGCCCUCUUGUACAAGGGCGUGGGAGGAAAAGGGUGACAGCCCCAGGCUAUGAAGACAGAGAAGAUCUGGGCUUCAAGACACCUGUUAAUGUGCGCCAUCACCGGGUGCUGUCGGAGCUAAACCCCUCUCCCCUCAAUUCCACUGUGCGAAAUAUCUACUCCCCCAUUGUCUGUUUCCUCACUCCUACCAAGGAAAAUGCAAGAACCCCCAGCAGUGGUGAUGUGAUGAGCCCAGAGCAGUGUGUGUUUGGCUAUGGUUCCAUUAGCCUUCUCAAUGGAGAUGUGGACCACAAUGACAUUUUCAGCCCCUUCACCUUCAUCAAUAACAUUCCAUCCAAGUCCCAGCAAUCCAAACCCUGCAUAAGAGACAUCCCACCUAAGACGAGGAGUACGCCCCAAGCCACCCUAGUUUUAGAUCUGGAUGAAACACUCAUGUACAGCUCUCUGAAUGUGAUUGAGGAUGCAGAGCACACCUUCCACACAUGCUUCCAGGACAAUCAGUACAACGUCUACGUGAUUCUACGACCACAUUUAAAAGAAUUUCUGGAAGCCAUGACAAAACAUUUUGAGAUGUUUGUUUAUACAUCUGCGAAGAAAGAAUAUGCAGAGAAAAUACUGGACAUCUUGGACCCGAAGAGAAGGCUUUUUCGACACCGUUUGUAUCAACAGGACUGUACCUGUGUUCUGGGGCACUAUGUCAAGGACUUGGGUGUACUUGAGAGGGACCUUGCUAAGACAGUGGUUUUGGACAACGCUCCACACACGUACCCCUACCAUCUGAUGAAUAUGCUUCCCAUCAAGAGCUGGUCUGGAGAUAAUGAUGACAAAGAACUUCAGAAGCUCAUCCCGUGUCUUGAGAGACUGUCCGGAGCAGAUGAUUUCCGGGAAGUACUGAAGAGGAGGACUGACCACUUUCACAGAUUGCUCUCAGAGGAUUGAGAAAAGGCUUCUGAUCAUCCUUAUCCUGUAACGUGUUUAAUUGUGAACAUGAACUGGAUCUUUGUGUACUAUCCUAGCCCUUCUGUAUGAUCCCUGAAUGACCAGUAGGUUACUGAUGUAGUGUGUUAAUUUCAAACAUGUACAGUUGGUAUAUCGUUUCCAAACAAUAUCGCUCUGCAGAGCAAUACAUUCCCAAUAGUUGAAAAAAUGAACCACUGUAUAUAAUAACACAACUUGAAAUAGCCUAUGUUUAUACUUAAUCGUGCUAAUUUCUUGACAGAAAAUAGCGCUUUAAAAGUGAUGUACAUAUUGUUUGAUUAUUUUAGUGACGAGAGGAUUUUUCACCUCAGCAAAGCCAGAGCAUUUUCUGUAACUAACAAAACAACUUAAACCAUAUUGGUGUUUUUCAGCUUUAUUAGAAAAAUGUCAUGAUUUUAGUCUGUGUGGAUAUCUCUUCUGGGGUCGAGGCGAUCCCUAAUUUGAUGUUGGCUCGUGUUGAAUUUUUUAUGUGCAUAUCUAUGCGUGCCUUUUAGUAGGCCUACACUGCAGAACUGUCACGAAUGUGUAGCCUACUCCCAACCAAAUGACUUUCAUGGUUAGCCUAUUUCAUCGUUUUUUUUUUGUACUCAUCUGUGAAAUGUUGUAAAUGUAUAUGGAAUUCUGACAUUGCAUUGACCUACAGGAAUGAAUUUUCAGAAACGAACUUGUCAAACUUGAACAUAUCCCCAUCCCCCCUUUAAACGGACCGUCUCACCAAAGCUACUGUGAAUUUCUACUCAAUGUUUCCCCCAUAUGCUGCUAAAACCCAAAGACGGCUGUUGUCGGUUUCCCCCACAUGAAGCUAGAAUCCAAAGACGGCUGUUGUCGGUUUCCCCCACAUGAAGCUAGAACCCAAAGACGGCUGUUGUCGGUUUCCCCCACAUGAAGCUAGAACCCAAAGACGGCUAUUGUCGGUUUCCCCCACAUGAAGCUAGAACCCAAAGACGGCUGUUGUCGGUUUCCCCCACAUGAAGCUGGAACCCAAAGACGGCUGUUGUCGGUUUCCCCCACAUGAAGCUAGAACCCAAAGACGGCUAUUGUCGGUUUCCCCCACAUGAAGCUAGAACCCAAAGACGGCUGUUGUCGGUUUCCCCCACAUGAAGCUAGAACCCAGGCCAUUUAGAAGUCUCUUUUAUCCAAAGUGACUUAGUCAUGCGUGCAUACAUUUUACGUAUGGGUGGUCCCGGGAAUCAAACCCAAUAUCCUGCCGUUGCAAGCGCCAUGCUCUACAGAGGACCACAUGCCUCCUAGUCCAAAUGCCUUGUAAUCUGUCCCUCAAAGGCUUAGUCUUUAAUUGUCAACACUUUCAACCUUACUGGAGCACUGGCAAUUUCCUCCCUCUCCUUAUAAAUAGCAUAAACUAGAAUAGAAAAGAUGAGGGUAACUAGUUCUCAAGUCUCCUGAGCUGUGUCCUAAUAGUUUCCCAAUACUUUCCUAAUUUCCUUUAUUUCUACUGAAAGGACCUGACUGAUGAAAGCAACAUAGUGAAGAAACAAAUCCCUUCACCUAUUGGUGGUCAAGCAGGAACGGAAGAUAUUAUCAAAGACUGUUGGGAAAGGAUGCUGAAGACCCAUAAUGCCAGAGAGAAUUAAACAGACCAUUAGGUGUUUUGUGUUGGGUUUUCAAAUUCGAAAACUAAGAGACCUUAUUACACUGCAGUUCUCCCCCUCUAGCUAUGCUGAUUGGUGCGAUGUGCCAGUUCUGCACUGGGUCUUUGAAUCCAGCUAAGGCUCUCCCCGGAAGACCGGCCAUUCAGCAGCUGUUUGUCUAUGGAGGAGUUUUUUCUCUACUUUCUCAAUCUGUUGGUUCUAGCUACAUUCCUGCCUCAAGACCAGCUGAGGGUGGUGCCCAUUUUGACUGUAGUUUUCGUUGGAGGAAGGUGAGUUUUUAAAGCCAUUGCUCAGUGAGUGAAAAGAGUGAGGCGUCACCAUUUUUGACAUUGCAAAGCUGAUCAUGUUUUGAGUUCCUCCCCCUCAUUGUAUUCUUGUAGGCUUGUCUACUGGCUCUGCCUCUACAUGUGUAGCCCCUGGAGAGGCUUUGGAUCGGGGCUUGCCAUGGUGGCUUUCAAUCUGUACUGUCUGUAUGACUUGAGCCUCCGACAGCUGCUCUUUGGGUCUGGGGACACACUCUGUAAUCAGACCACCCCUUCAUCCUGGCCUCUGGAGAUGUCACAGAGCCCCAGUGGCAAAUCAGAUAGUGUCAUACCCAUAGACAUCUUGGAAACUCAGUGAGGAGAGCACUUUCCCUUUCAACUUCAAGAGAAAGCUUAUUCCAGAAAUAGCCCAUUCUUGUGGUCUGUGUCAGCGGAGCUACACAGAAUGCCUCAAACCUCUAAGUCUGUAAAGGCUUAAGUUGUAUUUUGCGGCUCAUAUACAGGACCUUUUUAUGUGGAUUCAUGCUUAUUAUCUGAAAUGUAAGAACCGUUCCUCCCUCUAGUUGUGGAGGAAGUCUUUGAGCAAUGUUCUACGUCUUAAUGUGUAAUUUUAAGCUAUUCCUCUGCCUAUAAUUAAAAUGUUCUGUGAAGUACUUUGACUUAAAAGUUAUAAUUGCAAAUGGAUGGAUAUUCUACCAAUUGAUGUGCUCUUUUAUAAAAAACACUGAAUGCAACUUGGGUCUUCAAAAAACAUUUAUUUUAUCCAUCUGAAAGUUUGUGAAUGAUACUGAAUAUAAUAAAAGCCAUUUGUAAAAUGUA